AACAGCAGUAAUUGGACCUAGAACCUAGAAGAGAGAGAAGCCAAGGCAGUUUAAUGCGUAGAAAACGCAAAUACUUGUAGCUUAGAGCUUUUUGUUCUGAAAGUAAACGCAAAAGUUAGUUGAAUGAAAAAAUGGUCGCUACCAAGCACCGAAUCGCGUCCCGGUUUGAUAAGUCAGACAAUCUAGACGAUUGGAUCCGUAAGAUCAAGAACAAGAAAUUCGUCGUGAAGCGUGAAACUCGCGGACAGGACCUGCGAGUGCUGGCCAUGCUAACCGGAGCGCUUUCUCACGCCGAAGAAUGUCUGCGGCGUGAGAAGAUCCGGAAGCAAGAAGAUAGGGCCAUUAAGUGGGCCCGAAUCCGAUCCCGGUUGGCCGAGCCCCCGCGGAUGUACUGUGACCUGGAGGAGGAAGAGGAAGAAAAAACCCGUAACGCGUCCAACGCCAUCUGGAGCGAAGAUUUUAACGGAAUCAAUAAUUUCAUAACGGAACUGAACAGUAUCAAGACCCCUCUUAGCCGAUAGAAGACAAAGAGGGAGUCCCAAAAA